ACCUCCUAGAUACCGAGUACCAUUCUGUUCUGGGUUCCAUACAUUCUUCUUUUCACCCCAAUAACCCACCCCAAGAGGCAGUUAUCAUCAUUCUACAAAUGGGUCACACAGCUACUAAGUAAAUGGCCCAAUCAAGACCUGACCCCAGGCCUGCCAACGCUCUUGCUGACCUGUCGCUGCUCCAGGAGGACCUGCAGGAGGACGCGGACGGAUUUGGUGUGGAUGACUACAGCUCAGAGUCUGAUGUGAUUAUUAUACCUUCAGCCCUGGACUUUGUCUCACAAGAUGAAAUGUUGACGCCACUGGGGAGAUUGGACAAGUAUGCUGCAAGUGAGAACGUUUUUAACAGACAAAUGGUGGCCCGGAGUUUGCUGGAUACAUUGAGGGAAGUCUGCGAUGAUGAAAGGGAUUGUAUUGCUGUUUUGGAAAGAAUUAGCAGAUUGGCUGAAGAUUCAGAUUUGCAGGAAUUCUUUAUUCUGGAUAUGAACCCGAUGUCGUUUAUGGGUAUGAAAGAACCAACUGUGAGAGCGGAGCUGAUGGAACAGGUGCCUCAUAUUGCAUUGUUUUGUCAAGAAAACCGGCCUUCAAUACCAUAUGCUUUUUCCAAAUACUUGCUACCUAUUGUGGUUAGAUAUCUUGCAGAUCAGAAUAAUCAGGUGAGGAAAACAAGUCAGGCAGCUUUGCUGGCUCUGCUGGAGCAGGAACUAAUUGAGCGAUUUGAUGUAGAGACCAAAGUGUGCCCUGUCCUCAUAGAGCUGACUGCCCCAGAUAGCAAUGAUGAUGUGAAAACAGAAGCUGUAGCUAUAAUGUGCAAAAUGGCUCCCAUGGUUGGGAAGGAUAUUACAGAGCGUCUUAUCCUGCCUAGGUUUUGUGAGAUGUGCUGUGAUUGCAGAAUGUUUCAUGUUCGAAAGGUCUGUGCUGCCAAUUUUGGAGAUAUUUGCAGUGUAGUUGGCCAGCAAGCUACUGAGGAAAUGUUGCUACCCAGAUUUUUCCAGCUUUGUUCUGAUAAUGUAUGGGGAGUCCGGAAGGCUUGUGCUGAAUGCUUCAUGGCGGUUUCAUGUGCAACGUGUCAGGAAAUCCGACGGACUAAAUUAUCAGCCCUAUUUAUUAAUUUGAUCAGUGAUCCUUCACGUUGGGUUCGCCAAGCAGCUUUUCAGUCUCUGGGACCUUUCAUAUCUACUUUUGCUAAUCCAUCUAGCUCAGGCCAGUAUUUUAAAGAAGAAAGCAAAAGUUCAGAAGAUAUGUCAGUAGAAGACAAAAAUAGGAUCAGAGAUCAAGAAGUCCCAGAGGAUGUACAAAUCAGGCCAGAGGAUGUUCCUUCGGAUCUCAGUGUUAGUAAUUCCAGUGUCAAACUGGAAAACACAGUGGAAGAUAAUGCUGCUGAAACAUCUAGGAAAGCUCCAGGUGUGGACAGCUCUUUACUUUGUACUUUGUCCUCAGAAUCUCAUCAGGAAGCAGCUAGUAAUGAGAAUGAUAAAAAACCUAGAAGCUGCAAAUCUACAUUAUGCACCAGUUCACAAGAUUCAGCUCUCUUAGAUCAGGAAUUGUACAACUCCUUCCAUUUCUGGAGGACUCCUCUUCCUGAAAUAGAUCUAGAUAUAGAGCUUGAACAGGACUCUGGGAAAACACUCAGCCCGGAAAGACCAGAGAAAACGUCUGAAGUCCCCAUGCCAACUUCUCCAAACAUCACCAUGGCUACCAGAAAGGAACUUGAAGAAAUGAUAGAAAAUCUAGAGCCCCACAUUGAUGAUCCAGAUGUUAAAGUUACUUCCUCCACUGAAGUCAUGAACCCCUCAAAGUCAUCCAUGAGAACUGGAGCCAACUUCUUCCAGACUCCUGUUAAUACUGAUAUUUUGACCUCCUCCCAUGAAUCACAAAUGUUCUUAAUGGCAUCUAGAAUGGUGACCCCUUUCCAGAAGGCUUUCAAUUUACUUUGCCGAGAUCCAUCAGGGAAAUCACUCUAUAUGGCAGCACAAGUGGACGUGCUGUCUGCUGCGCUGCGCGCGUCCAGCCUGGACACUCAGGAAGAGACCAGCAGUACAGAGAAGAAAAGUGAUUUGCAAGAUGAACUGGGUGUAAAUGAGCUACCCGAUUGUAAAAUAAAUCAAGAUGAUUCUGUGCCUUUAAUCAGCGAUGCUGUUGAGAGUGUGGACUCCACUCUUCGCCAUAUUCAUGACGAUUCAGACUUGAGCACCAGCAGUGGUCUCAGCCCUGAUGAGGAAAGGAGAACUAAAGUCCAAGAUGUUGUACCUCAGGCUUUAUUAGACCAGUAUUUAUCUAUGACGGACCCCUCUCGUGCACAGACGGUUGACACUGAAAUUGCUAAGCACUGUGCAUAUAGCCUCCCAGGUGUGGCCCUGACGCUCGGCAGACAGAAUUGGCACUGCCUCAGAGAGACGUAUGAGACUCUGGCUUCAGACAUGCAGUGGAAAGUUCGACGCACUUUAGCAUUCUCCAUCCAUGAGCUUGCGGUGAUUCUUGGAGAUCAGUUAACAGCUGCAGAUCUGGUUCCAAUUUUUAAUGGAUUUUUAAAAGACCUUGAUGAAGUCAGGAUAGGUGUCCUUAAACACUUGCAUGAUUUUCUGAAGCUUCUUCAUAUUGACAAAAGAAGAGAAUACCUUUAUCAGCUUCAGGAGUUUCUGGUGACAGAUAAUAGUAGAAAUUGGCGCUUUCGAGCUGAACUGGCUGAACAGCUGAUUUUACUUCUAGAGUUAUAUAGUCCCAGAGAUGUUUAUGACUAUUUACGUCCCAUUGCUCUGAAUCUGUGUGCAGACAAAGUUUCUUCUGUUCGUUGGAUUUCCUACAAGUUGGUCAGCGAGAUGGUGAAGAAGCUACACAUGGCCACACCACCGACGUUUGGGGUGGACCUCAUCAACGAGCUUGUCGAGAACUUUGGCAGAUGUCCCAAGUGGUCUGGUCGGCAGGCCUUUGUCUUUGUCUGCCAGACUGUCAUUGAAGAUGACUGUCUUCCCAUGGACCAGUUCGCUGUGCAUCUGAUGCCACAUCUGCUAACCUUAGCAAACGACAGGGUCCCAAAUGUGAGAGUGCUGCUUGCGAAAACAUUAAGACAGACUCUAUUAGAAAAAGAGUAUUUCCUGGCCUCGGCCAGCUGUCAUCAGGAAGCCGUGGAACAGACCAUCAUGGCUCUUCAGAUGGAUUGUGACAGCGAUGUCAAGUAUUUUGCAAGCAUCCUCCCUGCCAGUACCAAAAUCUCUGAAGAUGCCAUGAGUACAGCUUCCUCAACCUACUAGAAGGCUUAAGCCUCGGUGUGUCCCCUCUUCCACAAGAGCCGAGGCUCGACGAGUGCUCCACGUGCAUGUGAUCUGGGUGGCUUUGCUGGGAGGAGAGACCUUCCUCUCUUGCAGACUUAUUUGCAGGUGCAAGUUGCCUAACCCAAUACCAGGGAUUUUACGAGUCAAGAGAAAGUACAGUAAACACUAUUAUCUUAUCUUGACUUUAAGGGAAAAUAAUUUCUCAGAGGAUUCUAAUUGUCACCGAAGCCUUAAAUCCUUCCGUCUUCCUGACUGAAUGAAACUUGAAUUGGCAGAGCAUUUUCCUUAUGGAAGGGACGAGAUUCCCAGAGACCUGCAUUGCUUUCUCCUGGUUUUAUUUAACAGCCGAUAGUUGAAAUUCUUACAGCCAGAAGGCAGAUGUGCACCCGGACGUGAAAGAGACCUUCAGUAUUAGCCCUAACUGUUUUCUCCCAGGCACAAGGACCUGUUGGGUUCUGUGGCCAGCUGCCCAGCCUGGCCCUAAGUGUGAAUAGUUCCUGACAUGUAUAAAUAAAUGGGAAAGGAGAUUUUUUUUGAUUUCUCCUAAGGGCUUGAUGCUAACACUAAAGUAGAAUCUGAUUUUAACUCUUAAAUGCAGCAUAUUGCUGUACACAUUUACAAAACAUUUGCUGAGUAUAUGUCCUGAUUUUUUUCAUGCUGGUCAUGACCCGAAGGAAAUUUAUUAGCACGUAUACCGUAUGUCAGGUGUUUUUAACUUGAUCAUGAUCAGCUCUGAGGUGCAACUUUUUCUUCACACACUGUACAUAUCUGUGACCAUUCUCGAGAGUGCUGCCGUCUUUAAUCAUGCUGUUUAAAACUGUUGUGGCACAAGUUCUCUUGUCCAAAUAAAAUUUAUUAAUAAGAUCUAUAUAGAGAGAUAUAUAUACACUUUUGAUUGUUUUCUAGAUGUCUACAAAUAAAUGCAAUUUGUGACCUGUAUUAAUGAUUUAGUAUAAAAUGGGGAAACUAGAUUAAAAUAUUUGUCUUUUAA